AUGCAAGACUACACUGAGGAAUGUAGAGGGAAGGCUAUGCUUUUGGAGGAGCUGCUGCUGCAGAUUCAACUGAACAAAUGCAAGGGAAUGUUGGUGCACGUGUGGUACAUCCAGCUAUGUACUUGGGCUUCGUCUUGGGAAUGGGGAAGCCGUUAUUGUAAUUGCAAAGCAGGACAAAUGCAAGACAAUAUUGGUCCUUCGGUUUCCAACCUCCGUCACCUCCCACCGAAGUAUCACUUGCACAACUUCUCAUUACAAUUGAAUGCCAUAAUGGACAGAGAACUGUUUGGAUUGUGUUCUCAUGAUUGGUUUGCUGCAUCGCUUUUGCUAUUUGGAUAUGGUUAUAGUAUUGUUGAAUACAUGCAAGACUACACCGGGGCACCCACAGCUGGUUCAGUUAUAUACUUGGGCUGUGUCGUGGGAAUGGUGCAAUGUGUCAAUCAAACUGAUUCCAGCUUGAUUGUUCACUGGACCGUAAGAGGUGAUGAGUUUGUUUCUGAGGAUUCUGCUGCAGCAGGACGUUUUGAUCCCUUAGCCAGAUAUUCUACUCAUUUUAUUGAUCUGUCAGUUGAACACCAUUACUACUACACAUGGUUUGGCCAACAAGUACAUGACGUUGCUGCCGCUGCUGCCGCUGCUGCUGCAUGA